AAUCAAAUAUAUUAAUGCGUGUUACGUGGUUUGCAAAAUAAGUCCAGGACCGUUGAUUCAAUUAAUCAUAGUGAUAUAUGGCAGUGGAGGUAUAGUUGUAGCUAAAUAUUUCAUUUAUGAAAGAUAGUGAAGGAUUUAAACUGUCGACUGAUCAAAGAUAUUAUAGGCCUUUAAUGGUUUUAGAUAAAAUUAUCUUUCUACAAUACAGUGAAGGAUUUAAACAGUUGACUGACCAUAGAUAUAUUAGGUGUUUAAAGAUAAUUAUGGAAUUAGAAAACAAAGCCAUAUAUUUUACAACGAUUUUAGUUAUAAAGAGGAUGUGAUGGCUGUGAUUAACAAACGAGAGUAACUGUUUCACAUGAAAUUUACCUUUAGACAGAUUUGAGAACAAGUCUAAAUUGUUGACUGAUCACAGAUUAAAAAGGAUAUAAAAAUAAUUAUGUAAGUAAGUUUAAGACACGAUAACACCUAAAUUUAUUUUGACAGUGAACACAAAGGGGAAGAAUUCUUAUUACAAUUAAAUUUACAAGUAAACAUAGGAUAGGCUCUUUCGGUUUCGGGCAUCACGGAUUUGUUUCCAACAACUCAGACAUACACUCGUAGUUUCAUCUGGAAGUUACUAAAGUAAGGACCGCAGUAUGGCUGGUAUCAAAAUGUGUAUGGUAUACUUACUAAUAAAUGCCGUAUUGCUACCAACACCAACAGGGGCAUCAGUGUCUGUUACAACAGAUAGUGAUUUAGGUGAUAAAGAAUGGAUAAAAUGCAACAGUAAAACAGUAGUGACCUGUUCUAUACAACCAUAUUCAAUUAUGACGUGGACAAUAGAUGACAAUGUGGUUGCUGACUGUACGUUUGAUUCCUGUAAUACGUACAUAACCGGUGGAGCACAUUACGGCUUUGCGUUCGAUAAAAAUAACGGAAUCUUUAAUAUAACUAUGGAUCCAGUUACUUUUGCUGACAAUGAGAAAACGUUUAAAUGUGAUGAUGGCAAUGAGCAUGAUAUCCUAGUUGCAAAAGUGCAUGUCAUACCAGACAGCAGUGGCUCAACAAUAUCAAUUUCAAAAAAGUCACAGUCUAUAGAUAUCAUGGCAACAACAGGAUGCAUCUACCCCAGCUCAAACAUACAGUUUGAGUGGUAUUUCUUCAAGGAUGGUCAAGAACCAGAACUUUAUAACGAAAGUCGAUCUCUUCAAUCAACUAAUGAGUUUGGCUGUACAAGUAAACCAUGUGGUGGAAAGGGUGUUGUUAAGGUAACCAGCACACUAACUAUACAGGAAGACCCUGAUGGAGACAACUAUUAUUUUCAAGUAUUGAUCAAACAUCCUGAUACAACUGAUAUUAUUGUCAGAGCAGAAAACCAAUUUAAACUGAAAGGCAACGGGGAUCAAAUUCGCGAAACAAGCCAAGGUACAAGCAUUUCCAUACAUGUUUCAACAGUUAUGUUUUCUGUGAUAGUAAUCAUGAUUUAUGUAUUCUUGUGAUUCUAAGGAACAAUUGUGAAAUACAUUUUGUACUACCUGAUUUGAAGUCUUUAUUUGUUAACUGUUUUAGUAUGAAAAAUGUGAAGAUAUACUUACUACUAUUCAACAACAUUCUUAAAAAGGGAAGCAGCACGAGUAAAAGUAUGUGCCUAGAACUUUCAGCCGUAGGCUUUUUAUUGUUAUUAAAACAUGCGUGGUAUCAUUAAGAAAGUAAUUUGUGUUAACAUUCAUCCUCAUCAGAUAUAACUAGUCAUUUAACAUUUGAUAUCAGAUACUUGAAAAGGUGUUGUUUGUUUAUUAAAUUAUAUCUGAAAUUCUUUGGUAUCGAAACUUUUAUUAUAUUAGGAUCGUUUUGCUACUGACAAUUAUUUGUCAAUGGUUAUUAUUUUCUCUUUAAAUUGUCAUUACUGAAUAAAUUUAGCUUGGUUGUAAAAGAAUAUCGAAUUCAUACUAUCCCAAAAGACUGCAGGGAUUUAAUGGGCAUGAUUGUUGAUAAAUUUAACACUGCAAAUUCAGACACACUUUUCUUUGAUAAGGUUGAACAGAGGGCGAGGUCAUCAGAGAAGGAAUUGCGAAUGUCGCAGUUUGUUCUAAAUGUUAUAUUACCACACAACAUCAGACCAAUGAUACUGUUACAUGUUCUAAAAUUGAGAAAACUUCGUUUGAAAAUAUACCUUGUUAGUAUAUAUAUCCCUUCCGAAUUUAAACUUGCUGACAACGCGACCCAAAGGAACAAAUGCUCAAUCACGCAUGUAAAUAAAAUGAUUUCCUAUUAUCUCUUUAUGCCACCGUGGAUUUCAAUAUUCAUUAUUAUUAAUAUUAUCAUUAUUACAAUAUUAUGUAAGACAAAGUGGCUGCUUCUUGUUUUCAAAUUGAUUAAAAGACAACAAAAUAUUACCAUCAACUAAAUUAACCCAUUUUUUUAAGAUGCUUCUGCGACAGAAAGCCUUUUUUCAAAUACUUAACGGAAUCCAGUUAUAUUUGAAUGAUUUAAAUAACAAAUAUUCUUGUUCUAUCAAAUUUACUUUUAUUCAAUAUAUUUUUCGAAAAACAAUGAUUACUUUGAGGAGAUUGCUUUAUAAACAUAUUUUGUUAAUAUGUGUUUCAUUAGAAUACAACAUUCGUUUAUUAAUUAUCAUGUACAAUUUAACUUGAUUCGCCGUAUGUAUUCAAAGUUUAUUUUUUAUUAUUACGCCUAUGACUGUAUCUAUACAAUUAUUGAAUGUUUAUCAAGGGAAUAUCCGAAACUUUGAACCUUGCAAAUGUGAUAUACUCUGAGGUGAAUGAAUUACAACGGACAACAACUUAAAUUUUUCAGACUAAUUGUAAUGCAUAUAUAAGAUAACAAGUGUACAGUGUAAGUACAAUCCAUUUAUUUUACAAAUACUUCCGUCAUUUUUUAAUGAUGGAAAUAUUAUGCAUAUUCACAAUAUCAGUUUAAACUGUGAAUCGUAAUAUUUCACCAUAGCACAUGUCAUAAUAACUAUCAAAUAAUUAGAUAUCUAAUUUGUAAAUGGCACUAUGACGAUAAUGUAUAUUGAUGUAAAUGGACAUAUAAUUAACUACAAUGCAAUAUAUAUACAUUGUAUAAACCGUAGUUGUUUCUUACGUUUUCCUUCGUUGUUAUGAAAACUUAUGAUUGCCUCAUUCAUUUAAAUUAUGGCAUGUGUAUGGUUAAUAAAUCUUGCUUUGAAGUUGCUUACUAAAUGCCGUCAU